CCAAAACCGAAAGUAGCAUAAGAGGAAUCAUUGUAAAUUUCCAUUUUAUUUUCUUGCUUUACAUUAUAAUAUUGCAAGUUAUACUGUAAUUGACUGACUGUGUGUAAGAAGAGGAAUGGAGGAAAUACACAGGAAGAUUCUGCGUGAGAAUCGCUCCUAUCUUGUUAAAGAGAUUGAGGAUGUUCUCGGCAUCACAGAUUAUCUACAUGAAAAAGAUAUAUUAACAACUAACAUGAUUCAAGACAUUCAUGCUGAACCAACUCCAAUAGCCAGAGCCAGAAAACUGUUAGAUAUUUUACCUAAAAGAGGAAGAUCUGCAUUUGAUACAUUUUGUAAUGUUUUAAUCAGGACAGGUCAGAGAGAAAUUGCUGUGAAGUUAAAUCCACAGCUUGCCCAUUCUGGUGUAACACCCAUUGAACCAGAAAGUAAACCUGGUUCAAACAAGACUGCACCUACCAAAUCAUCAUCCGGUAGUCAACCUGCCGGUGGGAAACUAUCAUCAUCAGGUAGUCAACCAGCCGGUGGGAAACUUUCUAAUCCUGCUUAUCCUGUACCGGUACAAAUGCCGUUUGAACACAACGAAACAAAGAGCUCACCAUCACCAGCCAGUAAAUCAGAAAUGAGCUUACCACAGCCACCAGCUUUUGGAGCUUGUGGAGGAAAAGCUGGUUCCCAGCCUUCAACACCGAAUGAUGAGCAUCAGCCAGUAUUUGGAACUCAGGAAUCAAGGGAGGAAACUCCAUUUGAUCCUGCUGAAGAAGAGUUACUAGAAAAUUUUCCAAAACCAAAGCCAGAUUGGCCAAAAUUGAAACUGACAUUAGCCAGUAAAGACUUCGAAGUGAAGUUCUGUACAGGAGAGGAAUUAAAGAAGCAACUCCAUGAUCCAAAUAUAUAUCCAAUGUCAGAAGAUAAAGAGAGGCGAGCUUUGAUUAUCAGCAAUAAAACAUUUGAUGGUGACAUUUAUGAAGAGAGGAAACUAACAGAUUUUGACAGUAUUCGUAUACAUCAGGUUCUCAAAAAAAUGCAAUUUAAAAUUCAAACUAGUUCCAAUGUAAAAAAGGAGGAGUUGGAAAAUAUUUUAGCGGCGGAGAGAGGGCAAGAUAGUGCCAAGCUGAGCAUGUUUGUAGUCAUUAUACAAUCAUAUGGGGGGAAAGGCACAAUAAUGUGUACUGACGGAAAAAUGUUGCCAGUACAGGAUAUUGUUAACAUGUUCUCGGCUAAAAACUGUCCAUCUAUGGUCGGGAUACCUAAAGUCUUCCUCAUUCAGGCAUGUGGAACCAUCAUGAAAAAUGUUGAUGACCAUCUAGAGGGAGCUACAUGCAAGGUAGAUAGUUCCAGUCAGGCUAUCAUAGCUGGAAUGGAAAGUUUAAAUCUUGGUACAGCAGCAGCCACAGGGAAAACCGUUUCUGAUACGAGGGGUAGUUUACACAGCAGCAGUUCAGAGAAUUCUUUCUCAGAUCCUUUAGCUCUUGAAGAUACAAGUGACAUAUUGGUUGCUAUGGCAACAACUGCAGACACAAAUCAUCAACAGUACACGUCUCUGUUUAUGUUAGCGUUGUCAUAUGUUAUCAGCAACUUUUCCAAGUCUUACCACUUUAUCUCACUGCUCAGAGGGAUAAAUAAUUUAAAGUGUGAUCAAUCUGGCAAUGUUGUGAAGUUAUGUGAGUUCAAGCACUCGUUGUCUAAGAAGCUGUACAUGUUGCCUGUUUGACCUGAUGGGUCACUAGGGGGCGCUUCUGGUAAUUUCUGGCGCAUUCUGAUUGGAAAUUCCAAAUCUUCACGAGACUUCAGUCAGUUGUGUUUCUUUUAACUGCUUAGUAUGUGGCAAAAGUAUGGAACCUUUUGUAUGGUUGAUUGACUGAAUAUUUUCACAAGGAACAUUGUCUUGAUGUUUGACAUAUCUGAAGACAUGUGACAUAAAUUAUGAUUGCAUCCAGGGUAUAGAAUGAAGGUGAAUAUUGUUGUCAUGACAACGUGUAGUAUAGUUGUUGUCAUGUAACUCUUGUAAGAAUGUAAUAAAUGUUAUAAUAUAAGAAAAGUGGCAUAUGUUAUAAUGUAAGAAUGUAAAAAAUGUUAAAAUUUAAGAAAAGUGGCAAAUGUUAUAAUGUAAGAAUGUAACAAUUAAAUGUUAUAAUGUAAGAAAAGUGGCAAAUGUUAUAAUGUAAGAAUGUAACAAUUAAAUGUUAUAAUGUAAGAAAAGUGGCAGAAGUUAUAAUGUAAGAAAAAUAAGAAAGUGGCAAAUGUUAUAAUGUAAGAAAAAUGAGAAAGUGGCAAAUGUUAUAAUGUAAUAAAAUGAGAAAGUGACAAAUGUUAUAAUGUAAGAAAAAUGAGAAAGUGGUAAAAACUAUAGUAUCAUAAAGUAAGUUAUCAUUAUAGUUAUAAAACAGGAGGACUGAUGCCAGGUUACAAGAUUGCUCACAGACUGGUACCAGUACCAAUGUCUUGCUAUGUUAUACCUCAGAGCUUCUUAGGGAACCAUCAAUAUUUGUGACCCCUUCUAGUAAAAUAACCAGGCUAUAUUGAUUUUUUUAUACCUUUACAUUACUUCUUUUAAAGUUUUAUACUCAUUUAGUGUGAUGGAUAAUUUUAGAAAGGUAAAAUAGUAAAUUCUUAUUGUAGAAAGUUCAAAACAAAUAAGAAAGUAGUAAGUAUUAUUUUGUUUAAAAAAAGAAGAAGAAAGUAGUAAAUGUUAUUUUGGAUGUAGUAAAUGUAAUAAACCAAGGAAGAAGUAAAUGUAAUUUUGGAUGUAAUAAAUGUAAUAAGCUAAGAAAAUAGUAAAUGCAUUUUUGGGUGUAGUAAAUGUAGUUAUCUAUGAAAGUUUUUCUGUGAGAAGUGGUGAAUGUUACAUGUAUAUUGUUAAGAAAGUAAUUAAUGUAAUUUUGAAAGAAGUAAACCUAAUAAUGUAACAAAGUGGUGAAUGUAAUAUUGUAAGAAAGCAGUAAAUGUAAUAAUGAAAGCAAUUGGUGAAUGUAGUUUGAUAAGACAGUACCAAAUAUUAUAUUGUAAGUAGUGAAUGUAAUAUUAUAAAGAAUGUAGAGAAGGCAAUAUUGUAAAAAAUGGUGAUUUUUUUUUUGUAAAUUGUAGAAAUGUAGUGAAUGAAGGUAGGGUAGAAAAUAAUGAAUGAAAUAAUGUUAGCAAUUAGUGAAUGUAAUAAUGUAGUGAAAAAUAACACACAGACAUGACUGUCAUUAUAUGAGUAGCAACCAUUUACUUUAUGUUUAUUUAUUGAGAGUUUCAGUAAAGAUGUACACACUGUAAUGUAUAAUAAAUCUUCUGUUGUUUUCUGAUUUCAUUUCUUAUCAUUGUUUGCUAUAAUUGUGAAAGGUUUGUUUGUUUUAUUUUAUAAAUACAUGUACAUAUGUAAAUAUAAGUUAUAAUAGCAAUAUAAAUAAAUAUAUGAACUAAAGAAUUUUUAAAACACACACCUGUAUUAUAUGAGUUUUUAAAUAAUAACAAAUAAAGAAAGAUCCCAUUUAACAAAAACCUGACAAUUGCAAAAAUAUUUAUAAAAUGUUCAUAAGUGUUUUACAUAAAUCCUUCAAAGACUUUCAGGUGUACUUACUUAUAUUACCUGUAGAUAAACAGCCUAAAUUGUCAGCAAACCCUGUCCAUAAAUGUUUUUUACCAUUUCUCUGGUACCCAACCUCUAUGUAUUGAUUUGUAUAUUUUUAAUUUUUAUAUUCUUCUACCUAAUAUUGACUUCAUUUUCAUAUUAUAAUAAGCUUUGAAUUGGGAACAUUCCAUUUCAAAGUUGAAGAGAUUUGAAUAGAAUAGAAUGAGCUACCAACAUUAUAGAGCCUGGUCACACUUCACAUGUUUUCAGGUUGGCCUGGCCCUAUAUAUAUUGGUGGUAAAGGCUUGAAUAAUCUGCUCCAGGAAGUUAAGGUUUUUAUUAACCAGAUAAUUGUUUUGUUAUAAUCUGUGAUAUUUAUUGAUGUACAACUAUUAAUGAAUUAUAAAAUCUGUAUUAAACCCUCAUCAUCAUUUAA